AUGAAAUCAAACUCCUCCAUUACAAUCCCAUCUGAUUUUAAAUCAACAAUGCCUCCGCGUAAGAGAGCAAAGACUAAAGAAGAGAAAGAACAACGAAGAAUAGAACGAAUCUUGAGAAAUAGAAAAGCUGCUCAUCUUUCAAGAGAGAAAAAAAGAUUGCAUGUUCAAUAUUUGGAAACUCGUUGUAAUAUCAUGGAGAAAUUAUUGGACCAAUUCCCUGAUUUAGAUCAAACGUUCCAAAAUAAUUUGUAUGCACAAAACUUGUUAUACGAAUAUAGAUCCUUGAAUGAAGCGGAUUUCGUCCCCUCUGUAGAGUCCCUCAAUACUACUCAAAUUCAACAACCAACCACUGCACAGGAAUUGGAUGAUGAUUAUUCAGUAGAUGAUAAUAUCCAAAUCAAACAAGAAGAGCCAUCUAAUCAAGAUAUACAAACUCCAACAACAAACUCCACCCCAUUAACUCCAGCUACUUUGAAAUCUAGCAAAGAUAAAUCGUUAAAUUUCACUCCAACCACUUUACAAAGACCAAUCUUACAAUCUCAAAAGAUUGAACAACAUAUUCCUCAAAACCUCCCUCAAAUUCAUUCUCAAGCUCAUCCACCUCCACCUCCACCACUACCACUGCAUUCAAGCUCAAAUGACCCUUUGGAUUCAAUGGACCCUUUGGAGAAUAUCAGUAUUCCCAUUGGGUUCCAACACCAACAUCAACAAAGCAUAAUCAAAUUAGAAAAUCAAGAACAAGAUGGCAGAAUUCACAAUUCGAUUCAAUCGAUAAAUCAUACAAAACAUUUAAGCAUGAUGAUUCAUUUGAAUAGUAAUCAAUCGUUACCUGAUUUAACUUUCAAUCCAUCUUCAAUGUAUGAUAAUGAAAUAAUAAACCAUACUAAUAGCAGAGGAACACCAACACCCACCAUUUCUCCAACAAAUUCCACUUUUUCUAACAACAACAAUAAUGUCGUUUAUUAUCAGCAAUGUAAUCAAAUCAUUAAUGAUCAACAACACUUGUAUCUUUCUUCUAAUACUGAUUCUCCAACUUUAAAAGAAAUUUCUGAUUUAUACGAUCCUUCUGCUCCAAGGUUAUGGAGUUUACAAAUGUCUGACAAUAAUAAUACAAAUGUAAGUGAGUCCUCUCAAUUGAUGAAUCAAGUUCCACCAUCAUCAAUUCCUCCUUCUACCAACGGAGAUUAUAAUAAUAUCAAUUCCAUUUCAGAUUCAAGUAAUAUCUCUUCUCCAUCUUCCAUUUUAAGUAAAGCUUUUUUGAAACCAAACUCUACUAACGAAACUGCUUCUAAAUUUGUAAAACAACAAAACCCAUGGGUUUUAACAGAUGAUAUAGACAUGGCUUUGACUUCAAACAAUGUUUAUUUCGAUGAUUGGCGUAACAGUAAUUCAAAAGUUACCGCUUCAUAA